CUUGAAGCAGCUUCAACCUGACCUAUUCAAUGGACAUUGUUGAUGCAGAGAAAAUGCAAAGUGAAUGCCCUGCAGAGUUUCACAAAUAUAGUUCCAGUCUACCUUCUUCUGCCUAUAUGAUUCUCAGCCCAACUUGUCCAUCUACAAUGUCUGUUUCAGGUAUAUGAACUGAUGUACUGAUUCAGUUGCCUGGCCAUCUAACUGCAUAUCUUAUUCUGAACAAUAGGCAUUUUUCAUCCUUUUUUUCCCCCCUGUAUGGAAGGAAGCUCAAUAAUGUUCUGGGUCUUGAUGUAAUCAACACAGUAUUCUCUACAAACAGGAACAUCGGAGGACCUCACCAUCCACUUUUACUCUGUAUAGAACAUCUUCCAUGACAGUGACAUAUACCAUUGGCAACUGGGUGACAAGAUAUGUGGUGAAUGCUGACAGGUUCAUAGUUGUAAAGUUCUCGUGAUAUGUGUGUGGAUCAUUCCUGCAAAGACCUCAUAGCAGUAGUGUGUGUUUCUUCCUCUUUUGGUUCAUCUCAUUUUGUCCUUCCUUGUGACUUGAAUUGGAUUUUUGUUUGGCGUUGAGGGACCCAAGGGGCCGUAUACUUUGGGGGUGAGGGUGUUAGUCAUGGAGUCGAGAGAGAGUGAGAGUGGUGCAGAGGCUGAAGAAGUGAAGAAAGAGGGGCAGCUGGCCUCGGAGGCCAAAGUCCACUUCAAAGUGACACGGUUCAUCAUGGAGGCUGGUGUCAAGCUGGGGAUGCAAUCCAUUCCAAUUGCCACAGCCUGCACCAUUUACCAUAAAUUUUUCUGCGAGACCAAAUUAGAUGCAUAUGACCCUUACCUCAUCGCCAUGUCAGCCAUCUACUUGGCAGGUAAAGUGGAGGAGCAACACCUCAGGACGAGAGACAUCAUCAAUGUCUCUCACAGAUAUUUAAAUCCCAAGAGUGAACCUUUGGAGUUAGACUCCUGGUUCUGGGAACUGAGGGACAGCAUUGUUCAGUGUGAAUUACUUAUGUUGAGAGUUUUGCAUUUCCGGGUCUCCUUCCAGCAUCCCCACAAAUAUCUGCUCCACUACCUUAUUUCUUUAAAGAAUUGGAUGAACCGUCAUAGCUGGGAGAGGACUCCCGUCUCCCUGGCAGCCUGGGCUCUGCUUCGAGACAGCUAUCACGGAGCAUUGUGCCUUCAUUAUCCCGCCCAGCACAUAGCUGUAGCAGUACUCUAUCUUGCCUUGCAGUGCUACGGAGUGGAGGUACCUGCUGAUUCUGAGGCAGAAAAGCCAUGGUGGCAGGUCUUUAGUGAAGACCUCACCAAGCCAGUCAUUGAUAAUAUUGUGUCUGACCUGAUUCAGAUUUAUACAAUGGACACAGAAAUCCCUUAAUUGCUCUAGGGCCAUCCAAGGAGGAGCAAAUAUUUGCUUUGUCUGAGGGCUAGAUUUGACCCAAUAAAAUGGGUCCCAACUUCAAAAAGUUGACAAGUCACAGGGACCAGCUUUGCAUUAGCAAAGGGGAAAGAACUAAACAUGGGUUGCUUUCUGAUUGCUCUUUGGUAUGUAUGUGGUGGCUCCCUAAGCAGGUUUGGAGCCCAUGUUUGGAUAUGAAUACAUCCAUGUUGAAAAAGGAAUGUACUGGGAUUCAACUGCCUUUUGCACCUUAGGAAUUUUUUAAAGAUGAACCUUUUCAAUUCGGUAAAAGCUGUAUUUAGACAUCUCUUCAUUAAAACAAAAGCCAAAAUAGAAUAUUUGAUUGUACCCUUUGGGAUAUCUUUUCAAGCUAUACAUAAGCUUAACCUUCCAACAUAAAUGAAUAGUAUUUUAUUUUACAUAAUAAAAGAUAAAAUGAUUUUUGUAAAGAUCUGAAAAUAGGCAUAUAGUUUAAGAGCUUUCAAUGUUCUGUGGACCACAUUGGGGAUAGGGGGUGAUAUUAGCCAUAAUUUUUUUUUCCAUUUUGUGUUACCUUCCUCUCCCUGAAAUAUAUUAUAACACAAAAUGUUCUUCAAAGAAUCCUUUAUGUUCAAAAUCUUGGAAUGCCUUGAUCUCUAAAGAAUCAAAGUUUCCCAGUAAACCUGGGGGCAAAUAAGAGGUCGGUAGUGGGGAAAAGGAUGCCUAUUUCCGCUGACGACUGUGUGCAAAGAAUAGUGUAAAAGAGAAAACUGUGAUGGGCCAGUCACGUGGGGAGUGACAGAAAGACAACACAAGUGAUGGACUGGUACCCACAAGAUGUAAAAAAACAGAGAAAGACCUCUAGCAUGCUAGGUAGCCAUGUAGAGAAUCUCUAUAAGAGACCCAGGGAAAGAAUCAGAGGAAGAGACAGCAGAGAUGGGUUACUAUCAGCACCAGUACAGGGAAUGCCCUCAUGGAUGAGGUCAUGGAUCGAUUGAAGUGUUGGGAGAGUAGGAAAACACUUACAGUUAAGGAACCAGGGCCUUAUUGCCAACAGUUGGCCAAAAGAAACAAUUCAUCUUAAGAUUUUCACUUAUGUCAUUUCCAGAACAAAUUUGCUGUUUAUAUAUUAAACCCAUUUGUUGGUUUCCUAAUAAAAUAAUUUUUUCAUGGUUC